AUGGCUCCGCUCAGUCGACCCGCCAUUCUGUCCCUCACGGCCCUCACCAUCCACUACAGCGUCCUCUCCAUCGUACUCCACAUCUCGCGCACUGCCCCCGGCCGAAGAUACCACGCCUCGUCCGCCAUCUUCUUGACAGAGCUCGGCAAGAUCAUCGUCAGCUGGGGACUUGUGCUGUGCACGGGCGAGCUGCGAGGCGCGGUGCGGGAACGGAAGAGGCUGAGGGCUAUCUGGACGCUCAGGGACAUCGAGGAGCGCGAGCGCAAGGAGGACGAGGAGAGGCGGCGCAACGCCGAGGAGGAGCAGGAGCGAGUGUGGAAAGAGGUCAAGCAGGCGGGCGCGAGUGAGGCCGAGAAAGCGGCAGACGAGGGCUACUCGGACGCGACAGUCGUGCCAGUCACGCUGCACCGGAGAACGUCGUCGGAGGUGAAGACGUCGCCUAUCUCACCUACCCGGACGGGGCCCGGCUCCUCGCUCUGCAUCAACGUCGCUCUUGCCCAAGCGACGGCCGCGCCAGCUAAAACUGGAGCACCUUCUCUUGCCCUCAUUCCCGCAACCCCCGCUCCCUAUCCUUCGCCCGUACGAACACCGGACGAGUCAGCUCUCUACCCCGAACGACACCUCAACGGGCGGACAGCAGGUCCCGCUUCGCCGAGCAUCCUCGACGACGUAUUCGAACUCGAAUGGUGGAGAACUCUAUGGGCGUCGGUCUUUGGCGAAGGAGUGUGGAAGCUGGCGGUCCUGGCGGCUUUGUUCUGCUUCCAAGGGAACGCGCAGUAUGUCGCGAGCGGGAAUCUGAGCGUGCCGCUCUUCCAGCUGGCUUACCAACUCAAGAUUCCGGCGACGGCCAUGUGCUCCGUCAUCCUCCUCAACCGCACACUCUCACGACAACAAUGGGCCGCCCUCUUCAUCCUCACCUUCGGUGUCGGCCUCGUCCAGCUCUUCUCCGUCACCAGCUCGUCAUCCGUGCAAGCCGCUGCCGCCGCUGCUUCCGCCGCCAACUCGGCAAAAUCAGAAGCGGGCUCUUCACUCGACGCUCUGGCCGUCCACCACGAUGGCGCACCGAAUCAGGCGCUCGGGCUCGCAGCCGUCGUCGCAGCAUGCAUGUCGUCCGGCUUCGCAUCCGUCUACUUCGAGCGGAUCCUGAAGGUCGCCUCUACGCCCUCCUCUUCCUCGCCCAACUCCUCACAUGACUCGUCGCACGCUCUUUCGUCCACUCUCCCCUCCUCGCAUCAGCCCCUCCUCUCCGACCACCAAGAAUCGCAAUCUCCCUCCCUCCCUUCACCAGACUCGAUCGUUCCUUCCGGCAAACCCUCCCUCUGGAUCCGCAACAUCCAGCUCUCCAUGUUCGGACUCGUCGUCGGCUUCCCCGUCGUCCUGUGGGAGAUGCGAGGGUGCCUCGGCGCACUCGAUUACGAGUACCUCGAUCAAGGGAUCUGGUCGCGCGCCGAGUACAUCACGCGAACGGCCAUGGGAGGGUUCUUCGACGGCUUCGACAGCGCGCUGCCGUGGGUCGUGGUGCUCCUGCAGCUGACAGGCGGGCUCCUCAGCGCUCUCGUCAUGCAGCACGCCGACAACCUCCUCAAGUGCUUCUCCACGAGCCUGAGCAUCCUCCUCUCCGUCGCAGCCUCCGUGAUCCUCUUCUCAUUCCACGUCACGCUCGGUAUCUUCGUCGGCGCCGUCCUCGUGCUCGGCGCAACUUUCGCGUAUACCUCGCCGGCCAGAGACUGGUGCUGGCGCCCUGUCUCCGGUCGAUGA